CACACAGACACACACCGGCACACACACAAACACAAACAUCAGUGAGACACUGACCUAGUACACGACAAAAGCGACAGUCUUUUCCUUUAUUAGGACUCCUUCUCAGGUUAUUGUGCUGGUGUAUUAAGUCUAUUGUCCGUUAGUGGUAAGAAAGUCAAUCUUCAGGGAGGUGAAAUCCCAGAGUGAUUAUAGAAUAGGCUUGCCAGACAUGGUGUAUUGUGCUCUGUGAUGCCAUGGGACGACAGACAAUAGCCUGUCAGACUUGUCUGCUUUGGAUCAACAGUUUACUUUGCGCCAUAGCACCAUUCUGUUAGAUGUUCCAAUAUGAAGAUUGACAUAAUUCAUAAUUUUAACGAAUUAAAUUGAAUGAAUCCAUUGAUUGCACUAUAAGUAGUGCAAUUGGCUAUGGUUAUUUACUUGGUUUUAUUGUUUACUUGUGUAUCCCAAGAUACAGACUAAACGUGAAGAAUCAACUGACUUUCUAAAAAGUACUUUGGUUGUUGUUAAUAUCAACCAAGCAUGGGCGCAUAUAGAUGUAAAGACAGGGAGGCAGAGAUGGAGACUGUCAACCAGCUCUUUCAUUUACUGUCCUGGAUGGGAAAAUGGGUUUUUGUAUUACUUCGGACAUCCUCUGAACCAGAUUGUGGUGAUCCACUGUCUACCUCAUGUCAAUUGAAACACAGAUUACAAUUUUAAUCCGAUCAAUAUCUCUCUAAUAGCCACAUUCUCUUUCUGUUGGGUGUUCCCAUGAUUGUUGGUGUACACAGGGGUGGAGGCCACUGAAUCCAGAGUACCACCCAUAAGGUCCGACCACAGGUCCCCAAGGUGCUAACCCAGCCCUGAGGGGAUAAUGGAUACUGUGGCUCUUCUGCCCUCAGGUGCCAGAGUGAUCUGACAAAAGGAUCUGUAUUUCACUGUACUUGUCUGUUUUGUGCAUUUGUGUGCGUGUGUGUGCGUGUGUGUGUGUGUGUGUGUGUGUGUGUGUGUGUGUGUGUGUGUGUGUGUGUGUGUGUGUGUGUGUGUGUGUGUGUGUGUGUGUGUGUGUGUGUGUGCACAUGCGUGUGUGUGUUUGUGUAUUUGCAGGAAGCACAUUCAAAACCAAAACAAAACAUAGCAGUAACAUGCAACAAAGUGUUAUGCAUGUGAAUGUAUAGGGAUAUUAAUCUGAAUCUUUGCUCCAGAAUUUAUAGGAGUCAACACUCAAAGCGUCAUCUUUAUCAUUAAUUUCUUUUCACAAGGAACUGUGAAAAAGAAAACUACUUCCUGGUCUUACAACAAUAUCGUCGGGGCAGUAAUGCAUGAACUGACCAGAAACGAGCCAUUUGUGAGCAGUUUCCUGAUUAGGAUAACAGUGGAGAUGGGGUGGGGUUUCUCCAAGAGCAGUGGGUUAGUCGCCCACCAGGGAAUACCUGACAGGGGCCCACGCAGCUAUCUCAUGCAUCCUACCAGGAAAACAUUAAGGAUUCAGCGCUGUGUAAAUGUGGGCCAAGAGGGAGGUCCCUUGUGACCCUAUUCCCAUUUGGAGCGGGACUUGCUGACUCAUCAGAAGGUUGAUAAUGGUAAUGAUGAUGAUGUAUAGGAUGGUGAAGAAGUUGCAUGGUGAAGAUUAUGGGGAUGAAGAUGUCGAUAAUGAUGGUAGUGAUGAUGAGGAGGAGGGCAGUGAUGAUGCGGAUGGUUGUGAGGAUGGAUGAAAAUGAGGUCGAUGAUGAAGAUGGUGAGGAUGACGCUGAUGACACUGAUGAUGAAGCAAAUGCAGCUGAUGAAGAGGAUGAUGGUGGUUGUGAAGAUGACGGUGUUGAAGAGGGUGGUGGUGAAAAUGAGGCUGUUGAUCAACGCGAAGAAGACGCUCACUGUAGUGAUGGUGACAUUCAACUCAAACACAUGCAAUUCUCACAGAGAAAAGAAUGUGCGCGCCAAAGACACACUGAUACACACCCGACACAAGACAACACUGCCAGAAACACACACACGCACACACAAACACACACACACAAGCACACACACACCCACACACAAACACACACACACACAUACACACACACACACACACGCACACAAACACACAGUGGGCAGCCCUGUUGAAACAUUUCACCAGGGGUAAGCUGCACUGAUGACACUUAGGAUGCUGAUACAGUAUAGAUGAACGGGCGCCCGCUCAGCACCCAGCGUUGCCAUGGCAACAACGCAAGGCCUUUCGACAAGUCGGCAGUCGCUCGCAAGGGGAAGCAGGACAGUCCAUGAAAGUGAACUUUGUUCCUGUCUCUUUCUGUUUUUUUCUCUCUCGCCCCGAACCCCCCCCCCCAAAUCUGUCUCUCUGCCUUCCCCUCACUUUUAUAUCAACAGAGCCCGCUGUUCUACUAUCCAAAGACGAUGAAAUGGAAAAUCUUCCCCUUUCCCCCCCCCUGGUGGAAACGUGAGGAUGGAUGGAUGGAGGAGAUGAGAUUAACGAUUAGUCCUUUUCCACAGGGGAGUGUGUUUGGUGGAGGGUGGUGGUACCAGGACCUGGCCAGGACCAGUUGAGCCGCGGGUCUAGUGCAGGACAGAACCCCUCUACCUCUCUCUCUGCUGGAACCUUCCUCCAUGGCUGCUAUCAAACCACUGCUGCUGCGUGUGUGUUGGGGGCUGCUGGGUCUCCUCACCGCUGACUGCCAGGUGCGGGCGCAGGGCCGGAUCGUGGGUGGGUAUACCCCAGCACCCAACUCCAUUAAAUACAUAGUGUCGCUGCAGAGCACCCAGGGACAACACUUCUGUGGCGGGGCUCUGGUUCACAGGUACUGGGUGCUGACAGCAGCACAUUGCAAUAUCGGGGCAGAGCAUAUGAUGGUCGUAGCAGGGGACUACUCCAUGAGGACCUUUGAAGGCACCGAACAGUAUUCCAAACCUCGUCUGCUCCUCCCACACCCCCUCUACAACAAGAGCACCAACAACGCCGACAUCAUGCUCAUCAAGCUGCGGGCCCCCGUGGUGCUGAACCGCUACGUGUCCGUUGCUGCCCUCCCCAGACAGGGCACCGGCGUCAUGGAGGGCCAGCUGUGUCAGGUGUCUGGGUGGGGCUACACCAGCCUGGUCGGGGGCCAGGCGCCCUCCACUCUGAGGACGGUCAAUGUGCCCAUUGUGUCCACGGCGAGGUGCAAUGGAAGCCUGUCUUUCAGCGGGAACAUCACGGCCAACAUGAUCUGCGCCGGCUUCCGGAGCGGGGGCAAGGACGCGUGCAAGGGAGACUCCGGUGGGCCGCUGGUGUGCGGGGGUCGAGUCUACGGCUUGGUGUCCUGGGGCAACGGCUGUGGCAACGCCAAGUUCCCCGGAGUAUAUACGGCGGUGUCCAAGUUCCGUCGCUGGAUAGACCGCAUCAUCUACGGCUCCUACCUGCGCUGCACUAGAGAAGUACUGGACAAGUACUAGACUGGGUGCCAGGGAACAAGUACUAGACUAAGUACCAGGAGAAGUACUCCUGUUUCACCGAGAGUGGGAGAGUUCUGUCCAGACAGGUUUUUAAUGCACUGUUAUAGAACAGCAUCACAGCACGCC